GCUGUGCGCACGCGCUGCACCCGGCGGCCGCACUGGCGGGGUCGUGGGGAGUGCAGUGCCCACCGCGCCGUCACCGUCCGGCAUGACGGCCCGGGCUCUGGCUGCGGUGUGCAUGCUGCAGCGCCAUGGCGUGCCUGCGGAGCUUGUCCCGGCGGACCCUGUGGACCCUGGUCUUGGGCCUGGCUCCUUCCAGCCGCUCCGCCGUGUGCUACGGCGGCGCGGCCGACCUUCUGGGGCGCAGCCGGGCUGCUCCGCUCUGCGCGCCCCUCCAGCUCCGCGCGGCAGGUGAAAUGCGACGGUUUCGAACUUCUGAUGCGUCUCAAGCUACCUUAGCCAGUGUGUCUCCAGUGUUUACUGUGACAAAAUUUGACAAAGACGGGAAUGUUACUUCCUUUGAGAGGAAGAAAACAGAAUUGUAUCAAGAGUUAGGCCUUCAGGCCAGAGACUUGAGGUUCCAGCACUCAAUGAGCAUCACCACCAGAAACAACAGGAUUAUCAUGAGAAUGGAGUAUGUGAAAGCUGUGGUAACUCCAGAGUGUCUUCUGAUACUGGAUUAUCGUAACCUGAAUUUAGAGCCGUGGCUGUUCCGGGAACUCCCUUCACAGCUGGCCGGAGAGGGUCAGCUUGUCACGUAUCCAUUACCUUUUGAGUUCAGAGCGAUAGAAGCACUCUUGCAAUACUGGAUCAACACUCUUCAAGGGAAACUCGACAUUCUGCAGCCACUGAUCCUUGAGACACUGGAAGCCUUAGUGGAUCCCAAACACUCUUCUGUAGACAGAAGCAAACUGCAUGUCUUACUGCAAAAUGGCAAAAGCCUUUCAGAAUUAGAAACAGACAUUAAAAUUUUCAAAGAGUCGAUGUUGGAGAUCUUGGAUGAAGAAGAACUGCUAGAAGAGCUCUGUCUGACAAAAUGGAGUGACCCACACGUAUUUGAGAAGAGCAGUUCCGGGAUUGACCACGCAGAGGAGAUGGAGCUCCUGUUGGAGAACUACUACCGCUUGGCUGAGGACCUCUCCAACGCGGCUCGGGAGCUCAGGGCACUGAUCGAUGACUCGCAGAGCAUCAUCUUCAUCAACUUGGACAGCCACCGUAAUGUGAUGAUGAGGUUGAACCUGCAGCUGACCAUGGGAACCUUCUCUCUCUCUCUCUUUGGACUCAUGGGAGUUGCUUUUGGAAUGAAUUUGGAAUCUUCCCUUGAAGAGGACCAUAGAGUGUUCUGGCUGGUUACUGGAAUCAUGUUUAUGGGAAGCGGCCUCAUCUGGAGACGUUUGCUCUCCUUCCUCGGACGACAGCUGGAAGCUCCCCUGCCUCCUGUGAUGGCCUCUUUACCCAAGAAGACCCCUCAGGCCGACAGGAGGAUAGAAGUGCGAAGCAGCCCACGGCCAGAUGGACUUACAGCAAACCGGAGCCUCCUCCCAAACCGCUAGGAACAGCCCUGUGGAUCCUGAAGACCUUCCAUGGCAGUCACAGAGCUUCCCAGACUGCUAGUUCAUGGAUUCAGACACUUGGAGAUUAUUAAUCGUGCGUAUUUAUAUCUAAUGAUGAAGGCAGUAAAAUGGUCAACAACUGAUGGCUGCUUUACUCGGAAUUCUGAAAAUGCAAAGUGCUUGCCAUGUGAAAAGGCAAACUUGUUAUUGCAGACGUGGAACGACUAAUACGAGGAUAGACUUAGAGAUUUUACUUGAUAUAUGCACAUCAGGAAAAGUAUGGUUUCUUGUGUAACAAGAUCAGAGGCCAUAGUUCUUGGUCAGGAAAUCACAAGAAUGUGAUUCCAUGCACGAACCCUCAGGUGACAAACACUAGCACGCUCCAUGUUGUACUUGGGAAGGCUGUGCUUAAGAGUCAGUCCCAGACACAGCCUUAUCCUGUUUGCCUCCUCUGACAUCUACGUGUAAUGAAUCCCAACCAAUCAGAUCUCACUCCACCCCCUUCUGCUGCGUUUAGAACCUUUGGAAGUAAAGUGAAAAGGAGACAUUUUGGUUCUGUGCUUUGCCUUUUCCUUUCUUGGUGGCCGGGCAUACAAGUCCAGCAAGUCUCUAAAGCUCAGAAACAGGCCUGCUAACAUGAGAGAGCACAGAAUUAUUUUUAUAGCCAGAAGUUGUAUUUAAAAGAUGAGCUUAAAGUCUAACAGCUGCUACCUUUAUCAUCUUACCUAAGUGUGCUGGAUAGUAAGUACAAUAGGGAGUGAAAUGUGCCUGCAAAGGUGACCAAACAACUUUUAAGCUAUAUUGCUAAUAACAAAUAGACCUCCUGUGCUGUUGUGAAUGAGUUUAGGGCCCAAAACUAAUGGGGCCUUUGGUAUUUGGAACAAAAACAUUACUCCAGCGGAUGCGAAGGAAAAAGAACGAAGUUAGAGGAUUCUUCCCCACUCCCACGUGAGCUAGAAGGCACCUUUCGAAGGAAGCUAGAGACUGCUCCUCCCGGCCUCAGUGGCCCAGUCUGCAGCUUGUGGCAUAUUUGUUGGAAGCAAACCACUAUGUUGUUCUUGCAACCCCAGAGGGCAAAAUUUGACCAAGAUCCAGCACAAACUAGCAUGUGGAUCACUUGUUAACAGUUUCCACAUAUGCAAAACAACAAGAGCUAUGUCCCGUUAGUACAAAGGCAAACAGUGUACCUACCUCAUAGUCCUAUGAAGGAGAGCUCCUGGUGGCUUACCAUUCUUGGUUUGGUCUCAAUAUCGGCUAGCUGGUGACUGCUGGAUGAUAUUUACAGGAGUUCUUACAAAUGACAGUGCUCCAAAACAGAGUUCAUUGGUUAACUGCUUGAAAGGGCAGUAAAAUAUAAGCAGUGAGCUGUGUGUACUAGCAACCGGACAUACAUGCAGGUGUGAGAACCCCCGUGACAAGAUGGUGAUGUCUCUGGGAGGACUUGAAGAGUGAGGAUGUUUGCUUUGGUCUUGGACAUAAACUGUGAUAGAUACCACUUUGAUA